AUGUGGAUAGGCACUAAAGAUGGUUCUGUUUCUGUUAAGUCUGCUUAUAAUUUUUUAUGCGAUAGAAAUCCUGUGAACAUACCUGUAGACUGGAAAGGAAUAUGGUAUCUUAAUAUCAUGCCUAGGGUUAAACUAUUUCUUUGGAAAACUUUAAGUGGUUGCUUGCCUGUUAGGGAAGUCUUAGGUAGAUAUACACCAAUAGAUAUCAAUUGUCCAUUAUGUAAUAACUAUGUGAUUGAAACUGUUGAUCAUCUCUUUACUAGAUGUGUGUUCUCUGAAGCAAUUUGGAGAGGGCUUUCUUUCUCUCAAAAUUUUUAUUCUGCUGCUAAUAUUUCCUACAAGAAUUGGUGUCUUAUGUGGUUAAAGGAUUGCACUAACAGAAAUUUCUUUGCCUAUGUUCUUUGGUAUAUAUGGAAGUAUAGGUGUAAAGUUGUUUUUGAUAAUGUUACGCCUGAUCCUAAUGAUCUGAUAGAAUUUAUUAAGAAAGACAUCCCCCAAUAUUUGCGGAAAAGUUUUAGGUGUUCUGCUAAUUUGAAAUCUACUUCUCUUUGUGAUGCUGCAAAUUUGAAAUCUUCUUUAGUGUGUGAUAUUUCCCAUCCAGGCUGUAUUCAUGAGAGUUUCAACAGAUUGCAGGAUGUUGCCUAUAUCUAUUUUGAUGCUGCUUUUCAGAACAAAUCUAACAAAUUUGCCUAUGGUAUUGUGGAAGUAAAUAAUGAAGGCUUACUUGUUGAGUUUACAAGAGGGACAAGAUGGUGUUCAAGUGCCGAAGAGGCAGAAUCCAGAGCUUGCCGAGAAGCUACAAGAUGGGGACAAAGCAGUUGA